UAGUUAGUGUUCUGUGCUUUGAACCAAAGACAUAUUCCUCUUUGGACUUUUUUCCUCUUUGCUUGUUGUACUCUGUGGUUUGAACAUAACCUUCUCACCUGUGCCUUUCAUAACUAAUAACAAUCAGUACAAAGAGAAGAAUAAUCCAAGAAGUAUCAGUUAAAGUAAAUGAUUCCCGUUAUAAAGUAAGAUUUAUACUGUCAUUUUUACUAUCUCAACAAUCAAAGUAUUCAAGUAUUAUUCGGGGUUUCCACAAAUCUCAUAGCUGUAACACUCUCUAUUCGACGUUGAAAUUUAAUAAUUUGUGACCGAAAUGGAGGACCUACAACCAGAAAAAGUGCUAGAAUUCAUGAGUUUGGUGAACAAUUUGAAACACAGCAGCAGAAGAGGCUGGGAGCAAGACAACGUGAAGAACCAUGAACAAAUUGCUGGACAUAUGUACGGAAUGGCAAUGAUGACCUUCUUGUUAGGUGACAAUUCUAAUUUGGACAGGUUGAAAUGUCUUCAGUUAGCCCUGGUCCAUGACCUAGCAGAAAGUAUAGUCGGAGAUAUAACCCCCAAAGAUAAUAUACCUGAAGAUGCGAAACACAAGAUGGAAGAUGAAGCAAUGAAGAGCAUAACUUCCUGUCUCGGAGAUAAGGUUGGACCCUACAUGUACAAACUUUAUAAAGAGUAUGAAGCCAAAGAAACACCUGAAGCUAAAUUCGUGAAGGAUUUGGAUAGGUUCGACAUGCUUUAUUCGGCUACUUUUUAUGAAGAACGAGAUAAAACCCCUGGAAAACUACAAGAAUAUUUCACUUCCACCGAAGGAAAAUUCGAGAAUCCAUUCAUAAAAAAUUUGGUACAAAUUCUUGAAGACAAGAGAAGAACUGCCUCGAAUGGUAGUGGUAACAAUGAGAAUCUUCCAGUAUCGAACGGACAAAUUUAAAACUUUUGAAAUGUUUACUGUUUUAUAUUGUUAAACUUCAAUAUAUUUAUUUUAUCCAAUGAUGUGAUUUUCAUUUCAUUAUAUAUUACUGAUUUGUUGAAUAUGGAAAGGUAGAUUAUUAUGUUUCAAAGAUUCUGUUUUAUUUUGCAUUAUCAAUAAAGCUUUGUGAGAA